AAGGGCGGUGACGAGCGCAGCAGCUCCGCUAUUGGGCAAGGAGGCCUGAGGGACGGGCUGGCUGGGUGCAUAAGGACACCGGAACCGACAGCCUCGGCACAGUGAGGGCGAUGGAGGCCAACGUGCCGAAGCGGAAGGAGCCAGCCAAGUCCCUCCGCAUCAAAGUCAUCUCCAUGGGCAACGCCGAAGUGGGGAAAAGCUGUAUUAUAAAGCGCUACUGUGAGAAGAGGUUUGUGUCUAAAUAUCUGGCAACAAUUGGAAUUGACUAUGGAGUCACAAAGGUCCAAGUCAGAGACAGAGAAAUCAAAGUUAACAUCUUUGACAUGGCUGGACAUCCCUUCUUCUAUGAGGUCCGAAACGAAUUUUACAAGGAUACACAAGGCGUGAUACUGGUCUAUGAUGUGGGACAGAAGGACUCGUUUGAUGCCCUUGAUUCCUGGCUGGCAGAAAUGAAGCAGGAGCUUGGGCCUCACGGGAACAUGGACAAUAUCAUCUUUGUUGUAUGUGCCAACAAGAUUGACUGCACCAAACACCGCUGCAUCGAUGAAAGUGAGGGCCGUCUUUGGGCUGAAAGCAAGGGGUUCCUGUACUUUGAAACAUCAGCACAAACUGGAGAGGGAAUCAAUGAGAUGUUCCAGACCUUUUACGUGUCCAUAGUUGACUUGUGUGAUAAUGGUGGGAAACGUCCUACUGCAAAUAACAGUGCUAGUUUCACCAAGGAACAAGCAGACACCAUUCGCAGAAUUCGAAAUAGUAAGGACAGUUGGGACAUGCUGGGAGUCAGACCUGGGGCCUCAAGGGAGGAAGUCAAUAAGGCCUACCGGAAGCUGGCUGUACUGCUUCACCCGGACAAAUGUGUAGCGCCUGGCAGUGAAGAUGCCUUCAAAGCAGUUGUGAAUGCUCGGACAGCCCUCCUGAGAAACAUCAAGUAGAAAGCAGAGGAAGCAAAGGCGGGCUCAAGUGCAAACAGACUCUGCACUUGAAGUGAAAUAACCAACAUGGAUUUUUCCUUCACAAAUGCUCACUGUUCGGUUCCGUCAUGUGCUGUCAUUUGUAAGCUAAUAGUGUAGGUGCCUGUUACCAUGCUGUGGGCCUUUUACUGUGAGAUGCCCUGCUCUUGUGUGAGAGAGCCCCACAUCUCUUACACAUCACACUGCAUUUCUUAUUGCCAGAUAACUCGGUGUUCAUAACUGUAACAUCGCUUAGGCAUUGACUUCUGAAAAUCCAUGAGGCUUCCAGAGAAGGGGAGGCCAGCAGGACACUUUGCCUUGACAUGCCUCUCCUCCCGUGCACCCCACGCACCCAUCCAUGUACCAUCAUCAGAGAAGGGAAUAAAAUCAGGAAAGAGAAUGACAAGCAAGUGGACAGCACCCAGCCCCUGGGAGCUUAACAUUCCUGCUUCUUGGCUAGUAUUUUAACCAUCAGCCAAUAGUUAGAGUCAGGCAUGGGGGCACGUGCCUGUAAUCCUAGCACUCAGGAGGAUUGUGAGUUCGAGGCCAUCAGGAUUACAUGUUGAGACUCUCAAAGAAAAAAGGAAAAACAAGAACCCUUGUAGAAGAAUGUAAAGUGAGGUGACAUUGUUCUGUCGACCUGCCUUUUAGGGCAUUUCACUCUGUUCCUUCUUCAACCAGCAGGAGGAGAGAUGAGCCAGUGCCCAUAGGAGCUGGAGACCCCGAAGCCCACCCUGGAUCCCAGGUCUUUGCUCUACCCUAGAACUAGAUGUCAGCAAGCAGCAAGGAGUGCUGUGCCUCUGGGAGUGAGGGACCAGAGGCCAAGACAGAAGCACUUAGAAGACAUGCUGUAGAUUGCUUGGGAGUGUGCAUCCAGCCACACCACACAGAGGGAAAGGGCCAGCUGAACUGGGUGUGUUGGGCACUAGGAGGAGUCUUGCAUAAAAUGUAUCCCUCUCCUCAUUCCUUACCACAGAUGGCAGGAGAGACAGGCAGGUACUUUCCCACAAGCAGGUCUCUUUCUUCAGCACCGGUGUUAAUCUCUUUCUCCUCUUGCACUACUCUAUUGUUAUGCCCACAUCCGCCAUUUCCUAUCUUCUUGAAUCCCUAGCAUUGCCCUAGGCUCAGCUGACUGGAAAUAAGUGUGAUCUGUUGGGGGCACCGUGCGACAUCUUGGGCCUGUGUAGGGCAGAACCUCUACAGUUUGUGCUUGGGCUCCAAAUUUCUGAAGAGAAUUUUUAAACAACAAGUAAGAAAAGUCAUUUCGCAUAGAGAAGCAUUCUUCAUUCUGUUGUCCCUGCCUGGUACACAGCGCUGGAUGGAGCACUGGCGCUGUGUUUAUUACAACUCUUAGGGGAGCUGGCUCAUUGCUUGACUCAUGUCUCUUAGCGCUUAGCUGAAUUACUCAUAUUUUUAGCUUUAGCCACCUGUGCUAACUAGAGCUUUGAAGUCUAUACAAAUGUUACUAGGCUAUGACUUUUAAACACCUACCCCAGGAUGGUUGCUGGAUAACAUCUCUCUUAUCUAAGAAGACAAGCCCCUGUGUUACAAUCCAAGCCUCCACAGUCUUGUGGAUUAUUUCCUUCCACCAUAGUAGCCUCACUUUGCAUGGUGUGACUUACAGAUGCUGCCUUUCAUGAAUUCAGAUCUGUGUAAAAAAGAUAAGGAGAUUUGAUAUGUGGCUUGAUGAUCUCCUCUGGCCACUGAACUAGUAAUAGAACUCCACCUCCAGCUUUUCAUGGGCCUCAGUUCUGUUUGAGGCUUCCCUCAUGCCUGAUGUACCCCACUAUCCCACUGCUUUUGGAACAGAAGGUGGGAGUCCUUUGGAUGAGGGUUAUUCUUGGUGCUGUCAGCCCAAGUGUGGGACCCAGUCUUUGCCAUGGUUCUUAAAGACACUUCGUUCAGCAGCUUGGGCAGAUUGCAGUAUAGCAGGACACUUCAGUGCCCAUUGGGAUCCCUCCCUCAGAGUGGCUUGCUAAAACGUAGCCUGGGCUUGAUCUUAGAUCUGUUUCUAAGACCUUACUCGUUAACAUUAGGGUGGCUGUAUACUACUUCAUAUAUGUAAUCUCGAUAAACUGAAGCGGUUGAACCCCAGGGCCCCAGGGCUUUUCUCAUUUCCAUAAUCCCAUCAGCAGGGUUUUAGAACCAUCAAAGCCUGCCUGGAAAUGAACCUUACCAUCUCAAAACCCCUUAAAGCCCUCGGCAUUCACUUAGCUUCUUGGCACAGGUGUGUGCUUUGUCCUUCACACUCUUUAAAACUCUUCACCCAGUGGCUAAAACUUUAUAAAGGACCUUGCUCCCCCCAAAAAGGGAUUGAAGAAAAGCCAUGCCUUCUACAUCUGAGUUAUCCGCAAGUGUCACUUCUUCAGUUUGUUGGUAAUCCAUGGAGGCAUUUCAGAGUCACUCUUCCAGCCAUCUCAAGCACUUUAAAACAUAGCCCCUUUGUGUCAGAGAUGUCCUCUCCUGUGCCUCCCUGUGAACGGCUGUCCUCUGUCAGCAUCUCUUACUUAAGCACUGCCACUUUAUUUCUCCAUUUAAAUGUGUCCUUGCUUUUACCAGCCUGUUAACUUGAGUCCAGGUGCUUAGGAUAAAAUUGUUGUCAUUCUAUAAACUGUUCACCAUUCUUUAAGGCUUAUAUUUACCUCAGGAAACUUGCUCUAGUGUGUUCUCACCGAUUGAAAUCUCAAGUGGUAAAUACUUCUUUAUGCCUGCAAACUAAUUCUGUCUUAGUUCAGUGUCUUGGUUCAGUGAGCUGAAAGCUCAUUGGAGUAAAACAAGGAGUGCCUGCCAGCCCUGAUCCAGGGGCAAGAGGCUACUGCACCCAGAGUGACAGCUGUCAACAGGAGGAUGAAGGGAUUGCCUUUGGCAAUGACAGUGCCCUCUUCCUGGUCUGGAAUGGCAUAUUUCUCACGUUGCAGUCUGUGGAGCUAAGUCCCCCAGCAUUUUUGGGAAAUUUUUGAAAAUGAAUUUAGUUGUAAAGUCAAGCUAAGCAAUUUCCACUGCAGGCUUCACAAGCAAGGAGCUGCUCACCCCUCUCACCCUGGUGCUGAGAACAGUUUUAGACACGGUUAGUGCCCCUUGGACACUGAUGGCACCGUUAGCUGUCUCUGGGGAGGACGAACAUGUUCACUUGUGUGGGCAGGCAGUGGCUGUGUCUGUCACACUGUAGUGCCCGGCUGUCUGGUAAAGGCUCUUGGUGGGAGAACUGUUACUGGAAAGCUGGGCAGUUUGGGUUAGCUCCAUGCACUGAUUAUGCUGUGCACAUCUUCCCCUUGACUGUGAAUGCUCUUACAAGGUAAUUUACAUAUUUGCUUUCUGUUGAAGUAACUGAAAGUGUUAAAUCUACCAGUUGUUUAUGUCUUGUAUACAGAGUGUCAUAUGUAUUUAAGUUGUGUAUUUUUAUAGAGUAAAGUCAAAUAGUAAACA